AUGUCUACAGCUCUCAUUCUAGGCGCAACGGGCGCAACAGGCAGAUUUCUCCUUCGCGAGCUUCUCGCAAACGACCAAUGGUCCAAAGUCGGCGAAUAUGGGAGACGAGUAACCCCCGAAGCCGACCUUCCCCAGAAUAGGGGCAAACUGGAGCAGAAAACAAUCAACUUUGAGAAUCUGGAAGCAGCAGGGCUGAAGGAUGGGCGAUGGGAUGUCGUGUUCGUCACCCUCGGGACGACUCGCGCGAAUGCAGGGAGCGCAGAAAUGUUUGAGAAGAUUGACAGAGAGUAUGUGGUGAACGCUUGUAAGGCUGCAAAGACAGAUGAUCCGGAACAUCCACAACGUGUCGUGUAUCUGUCGUCUGGUGGUGCUAACCCAUCCUCUUACUUCCUAUAUCCGAGGUACGCAAACAUAACCACGCACGUCCUUGGGUAUGCGGACACCAUCGUUUUCCGCCCAGGUUUCCUCAAAGGAGCUCAACGUGCCAAUAAAAGGUUUACAGAGACCAUAGCAGGCUACGUGACGGGCGCUGCGUCGCAUUUUACGUCCAGCGUGGAGAUUCACGUUCCCGUUCUCGCAAAUGCCAUGAUGAAAGCAGGCAUCCUGGGUUCAUCUGGCCUACCGCCCGCUGUGGGUGCUACUAAGGCAGGACAGGAAGAUGCGUGGUUUACUUUGAUAGAUAACAAAGGCGCGCUCGUUCUUGGGCAGGAGUGA